GCCCAUAACACCAACGGUCACUGUCGUACCGUCACCGGGUGCACAGACAUGGUUACGGAACAGCAGCAGCAGCAGCAGCAGCCCGUGAUGGAUCUAACGGUCGUUCGAAAAUCGACUAGACGAUGAAUAAUACCCGCUCCACUCUAGUAUUAUCCUGACAAACCAACCGUCCGUCCCCAAAACCCACCAAACACCCACUUUGUUUAUCUCGCAAGACCUCCCCCCACUACUAAGGUGUGGCUUGGAUUAUCAGUUCCAUGCACUUCGCUUCUUUUGAUUGUCGGACUCGGGGCAUUACUGUACGAUGGACUCGAACCUAACCUUGGCGAUUUUAGAUAAUAUUCAGGGUCGACUGAUGGAUGAUCCGCUUUGCAUAGCGGGCUCCGCUGGAUUCCUUGGAAUGGUGUCGAUUCCUGAUGGAUUUGGUUGGGUGGGGGGGGUCUGUUACAGGAUACAGGGUACACGGAAGACAAGAUAAUGAGAAAUGAAGGAAAAUUAUGAGACAAAGGAGGGGGAGAAAAGACAGCAAGAGCUCGAGGUCAAGGUAGCUCGAGUCGAGUAUCC